UAAAAUUGUACACAUUAUGAUUUUUCUUCUUUAGUAAAGGUUUGCGGUUUUCACAAAUGAAUGGUACUUGAAGUUUAUCCUAUUUAUUUACUGCAACAAUAGUUUGUAAAUGUUCAUGGACUUUUUAUUAUCAACAAAUUCAAACACCAAUAGCUAAAUCAAAGUACUUUCAUUGAGUAGGGGUUUGUUCCAUCAUUUGUUAAUGUUCAAUUUGAUAUUUGUUUACAAAUCAGAAAUAAGUCUUGUCUGUACAAAUAUUUCAAACUGAAUAUUAAACAUCUCUUAAUCCCAAUUAAAGUAAUGGGUCGCCGACAAUUAACAAAGGGUAUAGCCCCAACCAACAAAGGGUAUAAUUCUGAACGAGCUCCAAUUAACUGUCAGUUUGUGGUCGCAAUCUGUUAACCUAUACAAUCUAUUGUGCUCUUAAAUGUUUGUUAUUGUUCUUCAACAUUCUGAUUUUUUAACGCAUAAAGGCAAUAUAUUUCGCACUGAAAGCUAGUGUUUCGGGUUUUCAUAUAAAAUGCCCGAUACUUGACUGGUAAUCAAUUGUAGAAGUCGCGCGAUUAGCAUCACCUUAGUUUGCUGUCUGCAAUCAUCGGUUUGUAGUGUGGAAAAAUUAUAUCGAAUUCGCCGAAAUCGAAGCGAUCUAACAACAUCGAAAUUACACUAUCAUCGCGUUUGCAGCAAACAUUUUAGCUUGGGUGUGUAACACAGGUAUAAUAAAUAACCAGACGUGAGGCCGUUAAACCUGUUUAAAGACCUAGUACCAAAUAGCUCUACACAAUCUUAUCCUUAUAUACAAAUCAGAGGGCUCACUCACAUAUUCAAGGUCGAUCGAAGAUUUUGUGUUUGGUUACAAGGCGUCCUUGCCGGCAUAAAGGCGUUGUUUCUUGCUUUCUGCAACUAAAAAUUUAUUAUAACAUGGGUGUAAGACCGUGCUGUGUACAUCAGUGCUAUGAUAUAUCUUCUAGACGGUUUUCACUUCCUAGAAAUGAAAAGUUGAAAAACAUUUGGAUCAGGCGGGCUGGAUGUGAACAUUUAUUGAAAAAUUUGAAAACUUGUUCUGGAUUUAUGUGCUCGAGACAUUUUCACGAUGUGUGUUUCAAGCCAGACGGGAGACUAUUAUUAAAUUCUCUACCAACAAAAUACCUACCUGGUUUCAAAGGUGCAUCUUCCAAAGAAAAUUGCUUCUUUCGACAGUAUAUGCCAUCUGCUAAGGGAUCUGAAACCCUCAAGAAAAUUCAAGGAGAGCCCGCAAAUUCGGAAGAUCCUCCGAUUAUAGAUUUGGCACCUCAGAAUGUAGGAUCUGAAUUAUUGGCCAAACCAGCGGUCACAGAAUAUCACAUGGACAUUGGAGUAUCUAGUAUGGAUGACCAAUCUAAAAACAAUGUUGUGUAUGAACUCAAGACACUUGCUAAUGAAUCCAACUCGACGUUGCUCAACGAAGACCACCCAGUGGAAAACUUGGAACUUCCCACUGAUGACACAUCUUUAUCCAUCAAUAUAACUAGUAACCUAUGCCGAUUGUGUCUGGAGAAUUCGCCCCAAAUGUGGAAUUUCUUUUCAAUUAUCACUCUUGAUGAUCAAAGUACAAUCGAUGUUGUUGUAGCUUUCGAAAAAUUAACAGGAGAACAUGUUGAAGAGCACGAAAACUCUAGACUACCUAAACAUAUUUGCCAGGCCUGUUUAGAUUUAUUGGUGUGCGCUCAUCUAUUUAAACAGAAGUACGAGAAGAGUAGUACCAUUUUGAAAUCCUUAUUAACUGAAAAUUGUGAAUCCGUGGAAAUUGUGAAAUCUGAAGAAUCGUGUACGGAAGAUAAUGAAACUGGACAUGAAAGUGUUUUAAUACCCGAAAGCACAACUGACUUUAGUAUAGCUGUUGAUGAUAUUCAAGAAUUGUCGGAUGAUGAUGUAGCGAGUUCGCCUCAGCCUGAAAUUGAACCACAAAGUGUUAGGAAAAGGAAGAGAGAAGAAGGCAAUCAAACAUUUCAACACAGUUGCCCGAUAUGCUUAAAGCAGUUUUCUGCUCUGGAACUAAAGCGACAUUGUCAGAGUCACAACUCUCUGCAACGGUACCUGAAAGCAGCUCCGAAAUUUAACCAAAAAGUGAGAUUUUUCGCACGGCCGAAAAAUAAUGUGAGCCUAUUUAAUCGACAGCCGGUCUCUCAUGUUUGUCCGUUUUGUUCGGAAGAAUUUGAUUCAAAAGCGUUUUUUAUCCAUGUAAGACAGCAUCGACAAGAAGGAAAUUAUCGAUGCAACAUCUGCAAUCGAAUUUUCUUGGGAAGAAAUCACUUAAAAUUUCAUCAACUUUCUCAUAAAAAAGAAUCGCCAUACAAAUGCGAGGAGUGUGGAAAAGGAUUUUUUAGACAAGCUAACUUUGACUACCACAAAUUAAGUCACACCAUGUCAGAUGAUUUACCUUUCAAAUGUAAAUACUGCGCAAAAAGUUAUUCGAAUCCCGAAGCUCUAAAGAGACAUACAUUCCAUCACGAGAACGACAUGCCUUACGGAAAACACUACAGUCUGAAUAAAGACUACGUUACUUGCAGACAUUGCCAACAAAAAUUAAAAUCUAGUGUUGAUCUAGAACAGCACACUUGCAGAUUUUGCUGUGCCAAGUGCCAUAAAAUUUUUGAGACUAAGAAAGAGUUUAACAAGCACGUUUGUAAAUACAAACUGAAAAUUUCAAAGUGUGAUCCGUGUGGAAAAACGUUUCAGCUGCCUAGUUCCCACAAAGCUCACAAGUACCGUUGCGGAUUUGGGACUUUAUGUUAUGUUUGUGGAAAAAAUGUGUCUAAUAUUUCACAACAUUUACAAUAUCACUUUGGAAAGAAGAAGGCAAUAUUUAAAUGUGCAGACUGUGGAAAGCAAUUCCAAUACAAAGACAGUUUAUCUAGGCAUAUCAACCAAACACACUUUAGUUUAUACCAAUGCGAAUAUUGCUCAAAGACGUUUGCAAGCAAAUGGAGUCUAACUGCACACGAAGACACUCAUACUGGACAAAAAGAACACGUAUGUAAUAUAUGUGGCAAAACAUUUACAUUGAAAAGCUCGCUGAACAGGCACAUGACUGUUCACGUGUUAGAUUUGCCGGGCACAUCAAAUAAUACUUUCUCCCCAUCAAAUAAUGAUCGAAUAACUGAUUAAUAUUUGUUACGGUAAUUCUAUACAACGCUUGCCUCUACCAAGACUAUGUCCACCUUACAACACAACUUUUGUCUAUAGAUUUAUCGAGAAAUUGCAACCACUUUUUCGUUGAAAUUCACCAAUUUUCAAAACAGAACAAAAGACGCUGAAAUUAAACUACGAUAUCUAAGUUUCAAGUUCUCUAGUUUUUACUAAUUUUCGUUUUAAAUACAUACAUUUUUGGACAAUGACCGGUGUCCUAGGACAGUUGAUUUUUGGGGGCAUUUAAAGAAGGAACAGGCAAUUUUAUGUAGCAUUGUUAAUGAUGACAUUUUUUCUUCUGCAGCAUCGAUUUCUUUAUAAAAUGUUAUCCAUUUUUACCUAUGCAUAUUUCUUUAAGUAUACUCAUUUCAACGUUGGCUUUGUAUUUCUUUUUAUUUUAUGUAUAUAUUUGCUGCUCUUUGAUACAUGGACAUUUUUGAUUAAUUCAAAGUCUUCAACUUUGAAUUAAUUACUAUUUGUUACUUUUAGGCACUUUGUUAACAUGCCUUAACAGUAUCGAUUUUUUGAGACGUUAUGAGACGGUCAGGUGCGGCUGGCGUUGUAAUGAAUUACCUUUGAUGGUUGAAUUACGCAAGAAAUAUGUACAAUAUGCAUUUUUAACCCGGUUAUUAAAGCAACUCAGUUUAGUUUGUGAAAUAAUAGGUUAGUACCCAAGUUAAACUAUUAGUUAGUUUUUAUGAUAGAGUGUUGACUGUUAUUAUUUUUUUGUAAAUUUUGAGGAUAUGGAUCCUAUUUUAAUGCUUCAGAUGGAUUAAUUAUUUUUCUGAUGUAGAAUUAACCAAUUGUUUUUCGUCUAUUUGUAUCCCAUUUAAUAUUUCCCGUGUUAGAAAUAGUUUCUGAAUGACUAAUUAUUUGUAUUAGUAGUAUUUAAUGGGAAGUUUUGUGUAAAUCUGAAACUAUUUUAAGAAUCUUAAUUCAUUAUCAUGUUUAAACCUAGAUGUCAGUUAAUUAGGCUGUCAAAUAAAACACUAUAUAUUUGAUACACAUUUGUGUAUAUUAUUUAAAAUCGUACCUUCGUACAUUAUUUAAAAUCACACAUUUUUUAUGUUGAUAUUUUUAUUCACAUCGAAGUCUUCAACAAUAAUUUGGCAUCGUGGACAUAGUUGAUUUUCGGCAUUAGAGCGACAUAGCCUACAUCUAGGGCAAUUUAAUUUGUGGCUUUUUGAAGCGGAAACUUUUAUAGUUUCGUCUGAUGAAGUGUUUUGGCAUAUGCCUAUCGAUGCUACUUGAAGAAUGUCCAUUAUGUCUUGAUUGAAGGCGAAAUAAGGCUGAGAAAUCAAUGUACAAUUAAAUAGGAAUUGAUAUUAGUAUAGGGUAGAUAAAUGAGUAUAAUUAGAGUUAUACCGAAUAAUUGUUAAUAUGUGAAUAUACCAACAUAAUACAUUUUGAUAUCAAGA